AAUCCGUUGGUCCACGCCGCAGUCGUCUAGCGAUCCGACCGCCGACAGACGUUAUCGCCGAACGUUCCAUAUCGAUCGCUUCGAUAUAAAACGUCACAAUGUUUUGACAUUCCGGGGUGAUAUAAAACACAAAUAAACGAGUAUUAGUAAUUUCGUCGCCUCUUUCAAGUGGUUUUUUAGAGGUUAGCACAAUUGUUUAGGUUACGUUCUAGAGAAUAUAGAAAAAUGAGGAACACGAGUUCACGUGAUGGCGCGCACGAGAUUAUGCUGGCGAAAGGCCGCAAGCCCGAGGUGAUGAGCAAGGAAGCCAAGAGCCAGGACGAAUAUGAGGCUCUGCAGAGCUUCCUCCGUAGCAUCAGCUCCACAGCCACUCUACCUCCGUAUGUGAAAGGCGAAACAUAUUCCUCUGUCCGAGGCGUGUUUAACCAGUGCCUGAUCACAUGUGCAGUGCUGAUAUUAGCGGCGGGCGCGGGACACCCUAUUGGCUUUUCAGCGGUUGCCCUUCCACAACUGCGCACAGAAAACUCCACUAUGAGAAUUGAUGAUGAAAUGGGAUCUUGGAUUGCAAGUAUACACUCCGCGGCUACACCACUCGGGUCCAUGUUGUCUGGGCCCAUUAUGGAGGCGAUAGGAAGGAAGCGUACACUCCAGGCGUCUACUCUUCCGCUAAUUAUCGGCUGGAUUUUAAUAGGCACAGCCACACAUCACGCUCUGUUGCUACUGGGGAGGAUCGUGUGCGGUUUUGCCGUCGGGAUUCUUGCUGCACCGUCACAAGUGUACUUAGGAGAGAUCUCAGAACCUCGUUUAAGGGGUUUACUUAUAGGAACUCCAUUCGUAGCAUAUUCUUUGGGAGUGCUCUACGUGUAUGCCCUCGGAGGGGCUUUGUCAUGGCGAUCCGUGGCACACUUGUCCAUAUUGCUACCGACGUUAGCAUUUGUAGCUUUAUGCUUCUCACCUGAAAGUCCAACUUGGCUUGCACGGCGGGGCCGUUUCCACGAAGCGAUGGCAGCUAUGUCGAGGUUACGAGGAGACCCUGAUACUGCUCAACGUGAACUGCACGAACUGAUAUCAGCAAGGGAAAAGGAAAAGGCGCGCGGGGAGGAAACCAUACGCUUUCUGGCAACAGUGCUGCGUCCACCGGUGCUUAAGCCGCUUGUGCUGAUCAACGCGUUCAACAUGCUGCAAAUUCUAUCCGGCAGUUAUGUCGUCAUAUUUUACGCUGUCGACAUCGUGAGGGACUCCGGAGGCUCGCUUAAUCCUCAUAUGGCUGCUAACGCGAGCGCCUGCGUUCGUCUCGGUGUAACAGUUUUAGCGUGCUUGCUCCUAUUGAAAAUGACCCGUCGAGCACUCGUCAUGGUGUCAGGUGUGGGCACAGCUGUGUGCACCCUGGCUCUCGCAUUCCUGCUCUCGCAAGGCCCGGGGACCGGCGUUACUCCACCAGCAUUAAUACUCGCUUAUGUCGCUUUCAACACAUUGGGCUUCUUCCUCCUACCAGGCCUCAUGAUUGGAGAACUUCUACCGACGAAAGUUCGUGGUCUCUGCGGAGGUUACAUUUUCUGCCUGUUCAAUGCAGUUCUAUUUGGUUUCACAAAACUGUACCCUAUAAUGAAGAACAGUAUAGGAAUGUCUGGAGUGUUUGGGCUCUUCGGUGCAUCGGCUACGCUCGCUACAGUCGUCCUGUUCCUCUUACUGCCGGAAACUAAAGGGAAAUCUCUCAUCCAAAUAGAACAGUAUUAUCAGAAACCAAACAUACUAUGGGUUACGCGUAAGAGAAACGCUGAAACGCAGAACAUUUGAAAUGGGUAGAUUCCUACGGUGUAGAUACAUGACAGUUAUAAUGUAGGUCUUAAGCAGCACAUAUAGGUAAUGUUAUAUACCAAAGUAGUAUGACACUCUAAGGCCUAAAGCUGCCUUUUCAUCCGAUAUAUUGAGGAAUGCGUGAGAGAUGUGUAAAAAUUACAAACAGCAUUGCUUCUUGUGCGUAGAUAUAUAUAUCGUUCGAUGAGAAAUAAAUUUCCAAUGAUCACAAUAAAUAGGUAAGUGCAUACACACAGUGAUAAUCGUUAUUAAAAUUGAGUAAUAAAGAUAUUUAUGCACUAUUGACUGAUUAUUAUAAAAGCACACGCACGUCAUACAGGUUAAACUAACAGAGCGAUAAUACAAAAGAUAAUCUCAAAUUUACGGAAUAAAACAUUAGCGUUUCGGUUAAUGGAUGCAAUAUCAUAGAUUUUAUACAUAUCACAGUAAAUCUAUGUGCAAUAUAUUUAACACAGCUUCGAAUAGUUCUAGGAAAAAGGGAAAGGCGAACUACGAAAUGUAGCGAUUCUUUUGUGGGUUUUACACACAUUCCUCACACAUCUCUGGAGGGCUUGCAGCCUCAGAGCGCAUUUUCCGUAAAGCGCAGACGAACGGAGUGUAGCAGAGCAAAGAUAUAAAGAGAUAGAUCGAUGAGAUUAUUACGAAAUCAACUCCGCUAUGGUUAAAUCCAACGUAGCAUCACACAUCGUGACGGUUUAUAACAUAGUCACACGAUUACUGCACUAUUUAAUGUUUCUGCGAAUAAGUACUUAUUAGAUUGCAUUAGAAGUGGAUGUGAUAGUUUAUUUAUUGCGUUGUAAAGUUAUUUGCGUUGAAACGGCUUCGGUAGUGGAUAGGUGCCUACCUGGCUACAUAGCUACCUACAGGCUAACUCAUUAUAUCAGUUGACACCAAAUUAGCUAGCCACUGUGGGAAGCUACCAUCAAAUAACCUGUUAAAUCAGGGGUUCCCGACCUUUUUUAGCCUGCGGCACACUAAUAACUUUAGAAGUUUGUCAUGGCGCUCGCAACUUAACUUAGCUUGUUGAAAUAGAGAGGUUCCUACUGGUUAGUCAGGC